UGUUCACGUCACCUAGUGUCACCCCCCCUCCCCUCCCCCCGGCUCCUCUGUCACCUGCGUUAUCAGAUGUUGACGGCGGUGAUUGUCGCCGCCGUAGUCGGCGGGGGAGUCCUGCUCAUAGUGCGCCGCCUGUUCCCCUCGCGGAAAGCCGUGCGGCUGCUCGGGUACCCGGCUGCCGCGAUGCAGGGCAAGACCGUCAUUGUGACCGGAGCCAACAGCGGCAUCGGCAAGGCCGUGGCCGGGGAGCUGCUGAAACUGCAGGCCCGGGUCAUCAUGGCCUGCCGAGACCGACGCGGUGCCGAAGAAGCGGCCAGGGAUCUGAGGGAACUGGCGGGACCGGACCACGGCGAGCUGGUGUUGAAGCAUUUGGACCUCGCGUCACUUACGUCUGUCCGUCGUUUCUGUGAGGAAAUCAGCAAGGAGGAGUCCAAAAUCGACGUGCUCAUCAAUAACGCAGGCGUUUACCAGUGUCCCUACACCAAGACUGAAGACGGCUUUGAAAUGCAAGUAGGGGUCAAUCAUCUCGGCCACUUCCUCCUCACCAACCUCCUUGUGGACACCCUGAAGAGCUCUGCGCCGAGCCGUAUCGUGAUAGUCUCCUCAAAGCUGUACAAGUAUGGCGAGAUAAACUUUGAUGACUUGAACAGUGAAAAAAGCUACGACAAGGCCUUCUGCUACAGUCAGAGCAAGCUGGCCAACCUCCUGUUUACACUAGAAUUGGCCCGCCGUCUGGAUGGUACAGGGGUCACAGUCAACGCCCUUACCCCAGGCAUUGUGAGGACAAGACUGGGCCGGCAUGUUCACAUCCCUUUCCUGGCAAAGCCUCUGUUCCACCUGGCCUCGCUGGCUUUCUUUAAAAGCCCACUGGAGGGAGCCCAGACCCCCUUGUACCUGGCUUGCUCCCCUGAUGUGGAGGGUGUGUCAGGGAAGUGCUUUGCAAACUGUGAAGAGGAGGCGCUGUUGGCCAAAGCCACUGAUGUCCAGGCAGCCAAGAGACUGUGGGACCUAAGUGAGAGAAUGGUUGGGCUCAACAACUGAGCAGACCCCCCCCCCCCAACCACUAUGCUAUGGACUGUAUUUUAGGGAUGGCCUGGCACAAGAGGUAGCAACAGAGACACUGAAUCCCUUACCAGCUCCAAACAUGUUCUGCGCUGAUAACCUACCAGCAGGGAGAGAUGAAAAGCAAAUUAUCACCCUAAGUAAUCAACACAGUAUAACAAAAACAUCUCCAUCUAUAAAAAGGUACUGUAGAAAAGAUGCCCAUACCCAUACGGACAUCUUUUCCAAGAGGAAGGUUGUUGUUUUCUGCUUUAUCCAAAUGGUGUGGCUAAAUAAAGUAUGUUCAUUGUU